AUGGGAACCUACAUCCCAGAUCAAAAUACCACAAGCGGUUUGGAUGUCGCCAUCAUCGGCGGUGGCAUCGCCGGCUUGACUCUCGCCCUCGGUUUACUCGAUCGCGGUAUCAAACCAACCAUCUACGAGCGUGGUCAAAGUUUCCGCGAAAUAGGUGCUGGCAUAGGCUUCACACCAAACGCAGAAUGGGCGAUGAAAGUACUUAAUCCGAAGAUUCAUGCGGCAUUCAAGCAAGUCACAGUGCAGAAUGGAACAGACUGGUUCAUAUGGAUGGACGGUAGCCAGGAGGACGAGGCACUGGUUCACAAAAUGUAUCUUGGUGAAAGAGGUUUUGAGGGAUGCGCACGAGCAGACUUCCUAGACGAAUUGGUGAAGAGCCUACCACCGGAUACCGUGAAAUUCUCAAAAAACCUGGUUGAGAUUUCUGACGCAGAUGGGCUUGAUGAAGUCGAAUUGAAGUUUUCGGAUGGGAGUACAACAAGUACGAAUGUCGAGAAAACAGAAACGCGCCACAUGUAUCUGGGACCUGACGCCCAUGCCCUCACCUUCCCAGUUGCUGGUGGUAAGCUUUUGAAUGUUGUGGCCUUCGUCACCGACACCGAUCAAUGGCCAGACAGCGAGAAGUUCACACUCCCUGCCAGCAAGGCCGAUGCAGUCAAGGCAUUUGCGAGUUUCAAUUCAACAGUCAAGGCCAUAAUUGACAUGCUGCCGGACGAGCUCAGCAAGUGGGCUGUAUUCGAUACCUAUGAUAACCCAGCGCCGAAUUUUGUUCGUGGUCGCGUAUGUGUCACCGGGGAUGCGGCACAUGCGGCUGCACCUUACCAUGGCGCUGGGGCUGGCUUUGCCGUGGAAGACGCAGCGGUUCUUGCACAGCUCCUUUCCGCCGUGAACGAUUAUAGAAAAUCGCAUGAUGUUGAGAGCCGCAAAAUUUCGACGCCAGAUUUGAUACGCAAGGCUCUCAAGACCUACAACACUAUUCGCCUCGAACGAGCGCACUGGCUGGUGAUAACGAGUAGGCAUAUAGGCGAGAUUUACCAAGGUCAAAAUGCGGAGGUUGGAUUGGAUUCUACAAAAUGUGCAGAAGAGAUUGAUUGGCGUUGUCGAAAGAUUUGGCACUAUGAUGUUGAUGAAAUGAUGAGGGAAUCGAAGGAGUUGUUCGAAAAACAGUUAGAAAUUGUGUGA